GUGAUAUUUUCGUUCUCUUUUAACGUCACUAGUUAUUCAAUAACCAUGUCUGGUCGUGGCAAAGGUGGCAAAGUCAAGGGAAAGUCAAAGACUCGUUCAACAAGGGCUGGGCUUCAGUUCCCUGUGGGUCGUAUUCAUCGUCUUCUACGUAAAGGAAAUUAUGCCGAACGUGUCGGUGCUGGAGCUCCAGUAUACCUUGCUGCAGUCAUGGAGUAUUUGGCUGCUGAAGUUCUUGAAUUGGCAGGUAACGCUGCUCGUGACAACAAAAAGACCAGGAUCAUUCCCAGGCAUCUUCAGCUAGCCAUUCGUAACGACGAGGAGUUGAACAAGCUUCUGUCAGGAGUUACCAUCGCUCAGGGUGGUGUACUGCCCAACAUCCAGGCUGUUCUUCUUCCCAAGAAGACUGAGAAAAGCAGUUCUUAAAUUGGAUCUCAUCCAUUACAACCAAAUCGGCCCUUUUCAGGGCCACCAAAUAUUUUAACGUUGACAUAUUCUAUUUCACUUACUUAAGUUCAGGGAGUUACCCAUUGGGCGAGUUCAGCACUGAUCAUUUUAUUUUCCAUAUUGGUUAGUUAAGUGACAACAUUCAAAAUAUCUGAAUCACGGAAUGUUAGGCGAUUUUUGUUUAAAACUGUAAAUUACAUUCAUAACCACUAGCGAAAAGUUCUUGACAUUAUGUACUUAAACUCAAACAAGUAACAGGUCCAUGAUAUAUGGUCAAUGAGUUAAGAAAAAACUCAUUUUUCUACUUCAUUUAUUUGUGAGUACAAAUGUAUUUUGUGAAACUAUAGAAUAUCUUUAAUUCUAUUGUUUUUUUUUUUCAAUUUUUGAGAUGAAAUUUCUUUUUAUAUUUUCUUGGAUGGCGUUCGAAAUAUUUACAAAAUUUUGCAAGUCGCCUUCGCUAAUUAUUAUACUUAUUUUAGAAAAAAAAUUAACGAUUAUGCCAUGGAGCUUAAUUGGAUCUCAAAUUUGAUAACGAAUCAAAUUAUAAUCCAUCAUUUUGUGAAUUAUUAAUUUUUAAAUCGCUUUCUAAGAGUAAAAGGAUUCGAAAAAAUUUGUCUCCGCAAAAUCAGUUGCAGUAAAAUAAUAAAAAAAUUCCGAGGUACCUA